ACCAGAGGCAGGAAGCUCGAGGGAGCAGCCCGUCGUCGCCAGAAGUUCGUUCGCCAGCCGUUAUCCGCCGUAGCCCAUCACCGGACGAGGUCAUAUAACACAACUCUCUUCAUUGGGCAGCCACCAAAGCCUUACUUUCUUGAUCCUGACACUGGUAGUGACCUCACAUGGCUCCAAUGUGAUGCCCCUUGUGUACAAUGCACCCAGACGCCACAUCCGCUUUAUCGACCCACCACCGACCUAGUAAUCUGUAGGGACCCAAUUUGCGCGUCCCUGCAUUCAGGCGACUACAGAUGUGACCACCCAGAGCAAUGUGACUACGAGGUGGAGUAUGCAGAUGGCGGCUCUUCUCUUGGUGUACUCGUAAAGGAUGUCGUUUCUUUCAAGUCCUACCGCAAGGGCAGGGUUCUGAGUCCUCGUGUCGCCCUUGGAUGUGGAUAUGACCAGAUACCCGGUCCGUCCAAUCCUUUCUUAGACGGAGUGCUCGGGCUCGGUAAGGGAAGGUCCAGCAUUGUAUCACAGCUAAGUAGUCAAGGUUUGGUGGCGAACGUACUAGGCCACUGCUUGAGUACGCAUGGUGGUGGAUUUCUUUUCUUCGGUGAUGAUCUUUAUGACUCCUCCCGCAUCACAUGGACGCCUAUGUCUCGUGAUUACUCAAAGCACUAUUCUCCUGGGACCGCAGAGCUCCUUUAUGCAGGGAAACCUACUGGACAGAAAAAUAUGUUCCUAGUUUUUGACAGUGGGAGCUCUUAUACUUACUUCAGUUCUCAGGCAUAUCAAGCCUUAUCUUCUGAUGUCAAGAAAGAACUAAGCAGAAAGCCCUUCACUGAAGCAUUAGACGACCCCACGCUCCCACUCUGCUGGAGAGGCAAGAAGCCUUUCAAAAACAUCCGCGAUGUCACGAAGCACUUCAAACCCUUUGCACUCAGCUUUAAUAGCGGCGGAAGAACCAAAACCCAAUUUGAAGUUCUCCCCGAAUCAUAUUUGAUUAUAUCGUCCAAGGGAAAUGUCUGCAUGGGAGUUUUAAAUGGAACUCAAGCAGGGCUCCAAAAUAUGAAUGUGAUUGGAGACAUAUCGAUGCAGGACAAGAUGGUGAUCUACGACAACGAGAGGCAAUUGCUGGGAUGGGAAUCUAAAGAUUGCAGUAGACCUCCAAAGUCCAGAGCAUUUGCAGCCUAAUUGACAGGAAGCUCCUUGCCAUGUCUCUGUACUUCCAGAUCAGAAUCAUGAAUGCGCCGUGCUUCAAACCAAGCCUUCACCUAGGAAGCUUAUCAUUGCCAAGUCACUUGUAAAUAAGCCCUGAUUAAUGUUUUCCUUUGUCUUACUGUACUGGAUGUUACAAAAUUGCUUACGGGUAUUACCCCAAGUGAACUCAAUUACAGCCAUGCUUAAUAAGUAUUGCCAUGUUGAGGAUCAGUAGAAACUGAUCCUUGUUCAUACCUCA